GGGGACGGGAUGGCCCAAGAUACUGCUGUCCCUAAAUUGAGCUUUCAGUAUUGGUUGGAUAAGGCUGUUGAGUGGGGUCAAACCACCACUUUGGAAUCCCAGCAAGAUGUCUGCCUUCACUUGCCUAAAUUACAGGAGUUUCUACAGCAGAUUUAUGAAUCCUUGAAACAUAUGAAUUCCACUACUGCAAUUCAGAGGUUCCCUUUAAUUGGUCAAUUACUAGGAAGACUUUGUUGGAAUCCCUUUGUUGUAGGAUAUGAUGAGAGCCAGAAAACUCUAAUGUGGUGCUUAUGUUGUCUAUACAGCAAUGAACCACAGAACCCUGUGGAAUUGAAGGCUAACAGCUGGAUACUGAGCUUGCUGUGCCAUCUCCUUUCUUCUGAGUGGGGAGCUAACGAAGUUGAUACUGGUACCUUUAUUUCUGCUCUUGGCUACACGUCUGCAGAUUACUAUUCUAAACUGGUUAAAAAUAUAGUCUUAUCAUUAGUGACAGAACUCAAAGGAAAUCAGUUUAAUGGACUUAAUACUCAAGGGAGAGUUUCAGAUGAUCAUGUAAAUGUAGUGUCCCUUUUCUGCGUCCCUCUUAUCACUUUGCCUGAUGUAACUCCUCUACUGGAAGCGCUCCUUACCUAUCAUGGAGGUGGAUCACAAGAGGUUCUCAGCUCAGAGUUUUUAGAAGCUGUGAAUGAGACAUUUUUAAAGAAGAAGAUUGUCCUCUCUGAAUCAGCUGUCCUAAGCUUGUGGCUUCGUCAUCUGCCUAGCCUUGAAAAAGCAACACUGCAUCUUUUUGAAAGGUUGAUUUCCACUCAAACAAGUUCACUGGGAGAGGUAGUGUGUAUCAUAAAAGAUUCAUUACUGUUGGAGGGACGAGGUGAGCCAGGGUGCAUGUGUGGACCAAUGGACAUUGCUUUCCAAAUUCUCCAGCUCCAGGCAGAUGGAGCACAUAUGUGUCCACAGUGGAAUACAGAUGGGGACCACACUUCUCAAAGAACCUCCAGUCAGAUUGGAAAGCUCCUGGAGCCACAAGCAGCAUGCCACCCUGCCAUCUUCAAAAUUGUUGAUGAAAUUUUCAAGAAUGCACUACUGGAAACUGGUGGAACUCCAGAAGUAAUGACCAUAAUACAGCUGUUUACACAGUGUUUUGUUCAAGCUCACCAGAAGGAUAACAAGCAGCAUAAAUUUCCCCUGAAGGCCUACUUUGCUCAUCAUCAUCAGCAUCUUGUAAUAGCCUUACUCAAACAUCCUUUUGAUUUGCCAGCUACGCUCUGGUCUCAGCACCUGAAAUACAUUACUGACAUGCUUAAAACAAUAAUAGAAGAUAAAAGCAUUAGAUCUUACGCUGACCUCUUUGAGAACUGGUUUUUGUUUGUUCAUUUUGGAGAAUGGGCUGAUAUCGCUGUAGAGCAGUUGUGGAAUUCUGAAGAUGAAUCCUCAGAUACUUUUCUGUGGUUGCUGGCAUUUUACUACAAUCCACACAACAAUAAAGAGAAGAGGACUCAAAUUGUGGUAGAAGCUCGAGCAGUGUAUGAUCGUCUGAUGAUGCUCUUCAGCUGUACAACCCUCUCCAUCACAGAUCUGCAGGCUGCAGCUAGCACUAAAACAGAUAAAAGGCAACCUUGCACCAAACACCUUGUCAGGCAUCUUCUUCUUAGUUUUUUGCUCUUUUCUUCUGGUGGACACAAGAUUGCCCAAGAGUUUAUUUCGCAUGUGAUUCUGGCAAGCAAUACAACCAGUGAAGUUUUUGGCCUUCUUAUACAUACUGCCUACAGAUUUAACCAACUUGGAUUAAAAAACCAAAGGGCUGUGAAGCUGGUGAAUGAACUUCUUCAAGAACUAAGAUUUACAGAUUAGUUUUGUAUUGUUGUCCAGAUCAACCCAGUGACUAGACCAGCUGAUCAGAUCUUUUCUGUGGUAAAGCGUGAAAGGGAACUCAGUUAUUUUUAUUUAUAUUCCUCUUUCCCCAUGUAUGAAAAUAGAUAAUGUUUGGAAAUGUCAUUCUGUUAGAAUAUAGCAGUAAUCUUUAAAGAUGGUUGCAAAUGUUGUUCGUAAUGUUUUAUUUUACCAGGGACCUGUGUCAUCUAAACACUGUUUAUUCACAGCCUCAUUGUUGCCCACAUUAUGUCCUAGUUGUGGCCUAGAUUUUCUGUAAAUUCUUAGUCCAGGAAAUGCAGCAGUUAGAGGUGGAAACAAAAGAUAUAAUAAUAGGAAGAGGCCUUUCCUUCUGUAAAAUAAUUACUGAUAAAUCAAAACUACUGUUUGAAUGUUACAAGGAAGAGAUAAAAUUCAGAAAAAUUGUUA